UACUUAAAAAAGAAAAAGAGACUAUGCGUUCUAUAUUUUGCGUUCAGAGUUCAAUGCCCUAAUACAAAAUAUUGACGUCACUAGGAACGCUAUGAUCUUUAUGCGACGCGCUAUCGCCUACCCGCUUGCUAUUCGCUAACGCAGUGAGAUCGCGGCGGUCAACAAGAAUGAUCGUUUAACGUUCUAAACUAAUAAUACAAUACAAAAAAAAAUCAAAUAUGACGUCCAUAUUGACUUUGAGCAAGCAACAAGAAAAAUUAAUUGAGUUAGUUAAACAGAGACCUUUACUGUACGAUUUAUGUGAUGUUGAUAAUAAAAAUCGUGUUAAAAAAGCGAAAGCCUGGCUUGAUAUAGCAAAGGAAAUGGGCUCGAAUGACGUUUCUCUCUGGCGCUACAAAUGGAAGGGCCUGAAAGAUAAUUACACCAAAUAUAAGAAAUACAACGAAACUUCCGCUGGACAAGCAUAUAAGAAGUACAAAAAUUGGCCUUGGGCUGACAACAUGAAGUUUUUAGAUAAUUAUAAUACUGCGAAAAAGACAAUAGAAAUCAGGCGUAUUAAUCAAGAUGACCUCGCAGAAAUGUAUAAUCGGGAUUCACAUCAUAAUGCGGUUAUUGAAAAUUCUCCCGUUGAAGAAUUCCAAGAUUCUGGCGAAGGUUUCGAGAGCAUUGACAGUUCAAAGAUUAGCGGAACGCUACAAAAUAAUCCACAGUUACCUAACGAGAGAUGUGGCUUAAUUGAGAAAUUAGAUGGAACGGAUCUUUUCUUUUUAAGUUAUUCCCAAACUUUCAAAACACUGCCAAGUAGAAUGCAAACUAUGUUGAAGUUGGAAAUAGCGACGUUAUUCGCUAGAUACGAGACGAUUAUUAGUGACGGACGCCCUCCUGAGUCUAUAAACUCACCGCAAACAAUGAGAGAGGUACACGAGAAUUAUGACGAGGAAUCUCUAAAUGACCCUUUGACUGACGUCUCUGUCAAACAAGAAAGUCCCUGGGCUUAAAUAUUUGACGCGUUCCUUGCGAAUAAGAGUCCAGAACUUUAUUAAUAUAAUAGUAUUGAAGGUCAGACAAUUAUAAACUGGGCAAUUGGCUCAAAGAUGCGUCCUAAUUAAAAAUAUUUUGAAUU